AGCCCUUACAGAACGGUUCUACGGGAUAAUGCCGUGCCAACUAUAUUUGAUCUUACAAGUCACUUGAACAAUCCCCACAGCAGACAUAGGAAAAGGAUAAAAGAGCUGAGUGAAGAUGAAAUAAGAACCCUGAAGCAACAAAAGAUUGAUGAAGCUUUUGAACGGGAACAGGCAACACAAGAACUGAACGAAAGCAAUGAACAAAAUACUGUGUCAGAGGAAGGAGGGGAAGAACAAGAGGAAGAAGCUGUCCCCUUAACACUGGAAGAAAGAGAAAACAAAGAUUACCUUAAAUCUUUGUUUGAAAUUUUGAUCCUAAUGGGUAAACAAAAUAUUCCUUUGGAUGGCCAUAAUGUUGAUGAGCUUCCAGAAGGUAUUUUUACUUCAGGCAACUUUCAGGCUCUACUGGAAUAUCGAAUCAAUGCUGGAGAUGAAGUUCUGAGGAAGCGAUUUGAGAUGACAGCAGUCAAUCUUGAGUAUUGUUCGAAAACUCAGCAGAAACAAAUGCUUGAGAUCUGUGAAAGCUGUGUUAGAGAAGAGACACUGAGGGAAGUAAGAGACUCGCACUUCUUUUCUAUUGUCACCGAUGAAGUAGUGGACAUAGCGGGAGAGGAACAUUUGCCGGUGCUGGUGAGGUUUGUUGAUGAUUCUCAUAAUCUAAGAGAAGAAUUCAUAGGGUUUUUACCAUAUGAGGCUGAUCCUGAAAUUUUAGCUGUUAAGUUCCACGCAACUAUUACUGAAAAGUGGGGUCUGAACAUGGAGUACUGUCGAGGUCAAGCCUACAUCGUCUCCAGUGGCUUUGCUUCUAAAAUGAAGGUGGUGGCUACAAGACUGUUGGAAAAGUAUCCCCAAGCUGUGUAUACGCUGUGUUCCUCUUGUGCCUUAAAUGUUUGGCUGGCAAAAUCCGUUCCUGUUGUUGGUGUUUCCAUCGCGUUAGGAACAAUCGAAGAAGUUUGCUGUUUUUUUCAUCAGUCUCCGCAGUUACUAGUAGAACUGGACAACACAAUUUCUGUUCUUUUUCAGAACAACGAGGGGAAGGGCAACGAGCUGAAGGAGAUCUGCCGUUCUCAGUGGACAGGCAGGCAUGAUACUUUCGAGGUUUUGGUGGACCUCAUGCAAGCGCUGGUGCUGUGCUUGGAUGCGGUAAGCAGCGACUCGUCUGUCAGGUGGAACAACUUUAUUGCCGGUCGAGCAUUUGUCCUUUCAAGUGCAUUGACAGAUUUUGACUUCAUUGUCACUAUCGUAAUUCUGAAAAACGUUCUGUCUUUCACAAGAGCUUUCGGGAAAAAUCUCCAAGGGCAAACAUCAGACGUGUUCUUCGCAGCUAGCAGCUUAACAGCAGUGUUGCAUUCUUUGAAUGAAGUGAUGGAGAAUAUUGAAGUUUACCAUGAGUUUUGGUUUGAGGAAGCCACGAAUUUGGCUACGAAACUGGAUGUACAAAUUAAACUCCCAGGAAAAUUUCGCAGGGCGCAGCAGGGGAACUUGGGCUCUGAGGUAACAUCAGAAAACUACUACAAAGACAUCCUUAGUGUCCCCGCGGUGGAGCAUAUUAUUCAAGAAUUAAAAGACAUAUUCUCGGAACAACAUUUAAAAGCUCUGAAGUGUUUGUCAUUGGUGCCUUCAGUCAUGGGGCAGCUCAAAUUCAACACGUCAGAGGAGCAUCACGCUGACAUGUACAAAAACGACUUGCCUAAUCCAGACACGCUUUCUGCUGAGCUUCAUUGUUGGAGAAUCAAGUGGAAGCACAGAGGAAAAGACAUUGAACUUCCAGCUACUAUUUAUGAAGCACUUCACUUGCCUGACAUAAAGUUUUUCCCUAAUGUUUACGCAUUGCUAAAAGUCUUGUGCAUACUUCCAGUGAUGAAGGUGGAGAAUGAAAAAUACGAAAUAGGACGAAAACGCUUAAAGGCUUACCUGAAAAACACCUUGACAGAGCAAAGGUCAAGCAACCUAGCUUUGCUGAACAUAAACUUUGAUAUCAAACACGACUUAGAUUUAAUGGUGGACACCUACAUUAAACUCUAUGCAGACAAAGUGGAAUUUCAAGAAGACUUUAUUCCCUCAAACAACUCUGAAGUAACAGAAAAUGCUUAAUUUUUUAAGCUCUAACCAAUCUGUUGAAACUGCU